AUGCAGAAAGUGGAGACAGUGGAAGAGCAGAGAACAAGCAUGAACUCUUUCACAACCAGGUUCCAGUCUAAAAUAGAGAUGGCUAAGAGCAUGAGGGAAGAGGAGAAACUCUACAGGUAUAAUGGUGUACUCUAUCCAGUGAUCAUAAGCCCAGAGGAGAACCUCAGAGCCUUGGAGACUGUAGAGGCACGGAGUGAUGAUAUUUUGCUGGUGGCUUAUCCAAAAUGUGGGUUUAACUGGAUGGUCACAAUUCUGCGCAAAAUCAUUACAGCCAGCACUGGGGAGAAAGUAGAAUCCAAAAUCCCACCCCUCCUGGAAUUCUUUGGACCAGAAAUGCUGCAGUUACUUCACGAGGCCCCAUCUCCAAGAUUACUGGGAACCCACAUGCAUCCCGAUAACAUUCCACCUUCUUUCUAUCAAAAGAAAACAAAGAUGCUGGUCAUUUUCCGCAACCCAAAGGACACAUCGGUCUCAUUUUAUCACUUUUCAAAAAAGAAUCCUAUUUUGCCAACUGUUGAACCCUGGGACCAAUUCUUCAUUGAUUUUAUAGGUGGUGAAGUUCCAUGGGGCUCGUACUUUGACCAUGCUCUUGCCUGGGAAAAACAGAUGAAUGACAUAAACGUCAUGAUCAUCACAUUUGAAGAACUCAAGCAGGACCUCAAGGGAAGUAUUCAAAUGGUGGCAGAGUUUUUUGGCUUUAAAUUGACUGAUGCUCAGAUCCAAACAAUUGCAGAGGAAAGCACAUUUGAUGCCAUGAAAAAAGGCUCCAAAGAUUCUCAUGGCCAGAUGGGAAAUGUCUUUUUCAGAAAAGGUGAAAUUGGAGACUGGAGAAACCAUUUCAGUCAGGCCCAGAGUGAACAAAUGAAUGCUACAUUUGAGAAGCACCUUGGAGGGACAAAUCUUGGAGCCAGACUAAAUUAUGAUGUGUAUUGCAAGUGAAGAAGAGACAUCAAGCACUGGUUUGCAACAGGGGAUAUCUCAGGGAAUGGGAGAACUUGACCUAUUUAAUUUCUUGUAUAUUGAUUACAUUGGGAAAAAAAAAAUAGAACAGGUUAAUAGAUGAAUAUAUACACUGUAUAGUCAAAAAAACUAUGUGGACACUUACAGCCAUUUGCUUACCUGCUUCUUCAAACCAGCACUGCAUAUCCAUUGUACUUCAUAAUGUUAUCAGCAGUCAUCAUCAUUCUGUACUUUGACAAACAAAAACAGGUACCAUAAAUAGUACUAUGUUCAUGUUGUCUUCAUGUUGUGUUAAUGUUGAGAAUUGUUCAAUGUAGCGAUGCUCUUCUGAAGGCAGAAAUCACCCAAAAUGGUCAUUAUUAAUGCAACAUUUAGUCUUAAAAUAUGUUGACUCUAGAUGGCGAACUGCACAAAAGUCCGAAAGUGGCACCCAGGA